AGCUCUGGCGUUUUCAAAGAGCCAUUUCCCCAUGUUCACUUCAGCUUUCGCGAUUCCAAAUUUGAGGUAUUUUCGAGCUUUUGUUUGACAAAUGUGUGCAAUCUUGUGCUUUUUUUGCUAUAAAGGUCAUGUUUAAAAGCAGAAAUUAUCUUCAGCACCUCGAUGUUAUAUACAAUAUCGCAGUGUGGGCCUAUGUUCAUGGUAACUUUUCCGCUGUAUCCUGGCCUCUGAUUGGUUGGUCUCGGGUGUGUAGUGCUUUUGAUCCAGAAUCACAAAAGGGCCUCAGUGAGUCUCACUUUGCUCAGACAGAGAGUGGGAAACAGCGACAGUUGAAGCAAACACAGGCCAUCUCGUCAGAUUCCCCCCAGGGCCUUCUACACAAACAGUAGAAGGGCUGUUGGUCUUUCUCCAGCUUUGGCCAUGUUGGCGAGCACAGUGCAAACUAAGUUAAAUCUCUCGUUACUCAAUGCGACCAUCCAGAAUUGU